AUGAUUUUUCCCGCUUCGGUGGCAAUAUGCGACGUGUCUUCAGUGACUGGAUUGGCCGCCGCUGCGAAGUUCCAGAAGGAGUUUGGAGCCAAGCGAUGCUUCUUCGUUCAAGCAGACGCGCGCGAGGACGCCAAAAUGGAAGCCGCCUUCAUUGCAACCAAGAAGCACUUCAACCGCCUGGACAUUUUUAUCAAUAGUGCUGGCAUCGUUAACGAUGAAGACUGGAAUCUCUGCGUUGAUGUGAAUAUGAAAGGAAUCAUCCGAGGGACCCUGCUGGCCUGGAAGCAUAUGGGCAAACAGGAGGGCGGCGACGGGGGCACCGUGGUGAACAUUGCUUCAAUUCUAGGCCUAACCCACCUCUCCAGCAUUCCCGUAUACACAGCAACUAAACACGCCGUGGUGGGAUGGGGGCGUGCUUGUGGGGCCCCGUACCACGUGGAGCGUACUGGCGUCCGAGUGCUGACAAUGUGCCCCGGAGUGACAGAGACAAAUCUCAUCGCCCCGGGCCAACCAAAGUGCCUCCUCCCGGAGAUCUUGCCAGUAAUGGAGAAGGAACUCGCAGAGUUGCCGAGCCAAAAGCAAGUCCUCCCAUCUUACAUAUUGCUUUUAGUCUUAGAUAUAAAAGGGGUGGCGCCGGUGGCGGGCGCCAUGCUGCACCUGCUGCUGAAUGCGCCCAGCGGCAGCGUGUGGGUGAGCGAGGGCGGCGACGAGCCCUACGAGGUGGCCGUCCCCGAGCGCCGGCACAUGCGCGUCAUUCCCUGAGCACGCGCACCGCCGCCUUUGCAAGCCAACGCAGCUAAAGCAAGUGGAUAAAUGGAACACGAGUGGAAUACGUGUAUUUCUAUACUUUAAUUCAAUUGCGCCUUAUAUAGCGGCGACGAUGGUGCAACGGUUAGCGUAUCGGACUAUAGUACCCAGGUUGGCGGGUUCAAACCCGAUCGAAGCCGUGGAUUGUUAGGGGCGAAAAAAACCUUCGU